AGGGUCCUAACAAAAGCUAAAAAGCAGGUUGAAUUUCCUAAAACACAUUUCCUAACUACUUGAAACCUCAGAUACAUUUCCUAAAUUCACUCCUACAUCCGAGCAAAAAAACAAUCUCACACUUUCCUACCCUAAUAAGAAGAUCAUUUGAAACCCACCAUUUUUCUCGCAAAACAAACAGACCCCAUAAAACUAGAAACUUAUAAAAAUGUCUGCAAAAAUCAAAAUUUCAAAACUCUGUACCAAACUCAAUACCAAGAAUAUAGGUAAAGCACUCCAUGUGGCACUCGCUGACGUCACCUUGUCAUAGGUCACCUGUCAAAAAGAGUCCUUCUUAGUAACAACUAUGAUAUUAUUGGUUUGUCUGUUCAUACCGUCACUCACUUUUUCUCUCUCCCUCUAAGCUCCCGAAUCCGGCUGCCUAGGGAAAGUUCAUGCUGAUAUAUAGCAUAUAUAUAUAUAUAUAUAUAUUAUAUGCACACAUAUAUAUGGGGAAAUCAGAUAUAUAGGGAGAACAAUUUGCGUCCAUCUCAAUCAGAUUGAGGUGGGUUUUGGAUGAAAUCUGAUUGAAUAUAUCUAUAUGAUCAUCAUCAUCGACGAUAUGGUCAUGUGUUGGAGUGAGAAAGAUGGAGAGUGUGUUGGCGGGCUCUCUGCUUCUGAAGAGUAUCAGAACACUCUGUUCGAUUCUGUCAGCUCAGAGAGCAAUGCUGUUUCUGGGUUUCAGAGCUCUAAACAUGUGUCCUUAAGAAUCAGACUCACAACAGACCUCAAUGAUCAGGAAAUAGAGGUGACUUCUUCUGAAGAAAACAGUCCACUUGGUUUGACAUUAAAAAAAACUCCUUCUUUUCUGAACUUAAUCGAAAUGAAGUUGGCUAAAUCAACGAACACAAUCAUAAAUCAUGAGUUGGAUCAGAACAGUGCUCAGGCGAGAAUGAAUGCUUUUAUAUCUCAGCCGAUGUCGGAGAAGUUAAAGGCUUCAAACUUCGCAGCUAUGCUGCUCAAAAUUGGUACUUGGGAGAGGAUUUCUAAGCAUGAAGGGGAUUUGGUAGCCAAAUGUUACUAUGCGAAACGGAAGCUGGUGUGGGAAGUGUUGGAAGGGGCAUUGAAGAGUAAGAUUGAAAUUCAGUGGUCAGACAUUUCUGCAAUUAGAGCCACUAUUGAAUUCGACCAACCGGGAAUUCUGGAAAUUGAGUUAAACCAACCACCUUUGUUCUUUCAAGAGACUAAUCCGCAGCCGCGAAAGCAUACACUUUGGCAGCAGGCAUCAGACUUUACCGGAGGCCAAGCUCCCAUCUUCAGGAGGCACUAUGUGAAAUUUCCACCAAAUUCACUCGACAAACACUACGAGAAGCUUCUGCAAUGCGAUCCACGUCUGCUCGCAUUGAGCCAGAAGCCUUUCCCGACUUCCGAAUCUCCAUAUUUCUACUCCAAUAUGUUUGGAAUCGGCGGUUUCUCCUUCAAUAUCAAUGGAUGCGGUCCAGAAUUUCCUCCCGGCCUACACUAUCCCUUUCCAACAAUUCCUUCGCCUUCUUUACUUCCUUCGCAUCAUGUGCACAAUUUCAAACCCACCCUACACCCUCUCGCAGUUAACAGACAGCCUCUUGCUGUUAUGGAUUCGAAUUCAUCAUUGUCAGUUAUGGAAGUGGAUUUUUCCUGGCCAACAGAUGACAAUGUUCACAGACACGCCUAUGGAAAUCAAAGUACAGUGUUUCGGGGUCAAGGAGGAAACAACACUGUGAAUGUUUUAUCUAGGGGAGAUCAAAUUCAAGGGCUGUCUUCUGUUUCUUCAGCAGCACAAGCCAAUCAAGCCUUUUCGACUCAAGCUUAUAAUGUAUGGGAAGAAGCAGAGAGGGCAAAUCCAAACACUGAAGUACUCACCAACAUCGAAAACCAUUUGCUUGGCGAUUCACAAGUUGUAUGCUCCGAUGAGAGGACACUCCUCGCGAGAGUGAGAUCGAUGAAUUCAUUGAUGGAGCCAUUUGAGGAAGAAAACUUUGGGAAUGACAUGGCCGCAUAUCAGAUGCAGCAGCAGUACAAACAAGGACUUAUUAUUGAUCAUUCAAUGUUUACUAGUGAGCAUCAUCAAAAAGUGGAUGGUGGACUAUUCUUACCGCAGCCAAUCCGUUGCUUGCCUGCACAAGAUUGCAACGAGAACCCGAUGAUGCAUAUGCCAUGUUAUGAUUCAUCGCUUCCAUACGUUUACCCAGAUCAAAUGGCAGAAGACUUUGUUCCUGUUGAUGCUGCCAAUGAGGUGCGGCGGUGGACAUGAUAAUGCAUUGAAGAUGGCAAAAGAGUGUGUGUGUGUGGGGGUGGGGGGACUGCCUAGGGUUGUGGAUGAGUAGGUUUUGUCUUUGUAAAAAGAGAAGGGAAAUAGUCUUCUACUUGUUUUUAGAGUUACUAGGAACGUUCACUCCUUUGUAACACCAAAACAACCAAAGUUUGUGACCUUUUCCCUUCUCCAAGUGUAAGAGGCUCUUUUACUAGUCUCCUUACAUCAAGAAUGCCUAAAAUUUUUACCUCAGUUGCAGUUAAGUGUUGUCGUAAGAGUAAACGGUG